AUAUAUAUACCCAACACACAUCAAACGUGGUGAGGGACUUUCAGAAAAGAAUUGUGAUGACAGCAUCCAAGAUGGCCGAUGAAGAAGCUCAACUUCAGCAGAAGCAGCAGCAACAACCUCUGUUGAUUCCAAAAUCAGCUGACGAUGAUCGGAGAAUUCUUAUACAGAAAGCAAUCAGCCAAACCUUCAGGAGCACCGCCCAUCUUGCAAACCUCCUCCCAACAGGCACCGUUCUUGCCUUCCAACUCCUGUCCCCCAUCUUCACCAACGAAGGCCACUGUGAUCCCAUGAGCCGAUUUAUGACCACUGCCCUCGUGGCUCUCUGUGGGCUGUCAUGCUUCUUCCAGAGCUUCACAGAUAGCUUCCGGGAUGGGUCUGGCGAGGUUCGGUAUGGGCUGGCAACCUUCAGGGGCUUGUGGGUCAUCGAUGGAACUGCACCCCUUCCUCCAGAGAUUGCAAUUAACUAUAGGAUAAAGUUCAUAGAUUUUGUCCAUGCCUUCAUGUCGAUACUGGUUUUUGGGGCUGUUGCUUUAUUCGACCAGAGUGUGGUCUCAUGCUUUUAUCCAACCCCAUCUGAGGAGAUGAAGCAGGUUCUCACUUCCCUGCCAAUUGGUAUUGGAGUCUUUGGCAGUAUGCUGUUUGUUACCUUUCCCACCACCCGCCAUGGAAUUGGCUUUCCACUUUCUUCCAGUUGAUGUCAGUCGCUCCAAAUCUCUGUUUUUUCCAGUGUUCUCAAGUUGCAGGUGUAGUCCUGCAUUGUGAAAGCCCUUAUCGGGAGUAAG